AUGAACCGGCUGAACAUCGAUCAGUAUGUCCACGACGACAGCAAUGUUUCGGUCUUUGGGCUCGACCUCUCGUUCAACCCGAUCCUGGCUGAGAGCGAUGCGAACGAGUUCCUCACGACACUCCAGACAGAAUGCCUGUUCAAGAGGCGGCUUGCCCGUCCCAGCCUGGGCUUGCUCUCGCUGGCGCAGUGCUGCCUCGGCGGCGACGAGCGGCAGUGCGAUGCUGCGGCCGCUAAGUACGAGACGCUCUUCGAGAGUAUCGCGCGGGCGAACGUGCGGGAUCUCGAUCUGGAUGGGAACUACCUGGGACCAGUCGUCAGGAUGCUAGUGACGGAGUUGGUGGACCGUGCGGAGGAUCCGGAAAGGCUUGGUGGCGUAGAGGCGUUGCGCCUUGGGCACAACGGUAUCCGUGAUCCGCAGGUCACCUUUCUGUUGCCCUUGCUGAAUCACUGUCGCAGCCUCACCUGCCUGGACUUGAGCUACAACAACCUGAUCCAGGAUCGGGGCCUCCGUAACCUGGCCUCCGGCCUCGUGUACGCCCAGAAGCCUCCAGGAGCUGUACUUGAACUCCACGGGCCUCACCUCGCAGGGCAUAUCGGUGCUGGUCGGGUGCAUCACGGAGAACCACCAGCUGACUAA